AUGGCUGCGUGGAGGUGUGUGCGGUCACUGCUGCUGCUCCUGGUGGUGGGCCCCGCCAGCGCGCUGUGGGGCGGGGAGGGCAGUAACCCACACUUACAGAGCAUCUUCCUGGGCCGUUGCCAUGACUACCUCAAACUGCUUAGCCCAGAGGAGCAGCGAGACAAGAACUGCACAGCCAUCUGGGAAGCCUUCAGUGUGGUGCUGGACAAGGAUCCCUGUUCGGUGCUUCCCUCUGACUAUGACCUUUUUAUUAACCUCUCGAGGCACACCAUUCCCAGAGACAAGUCCCUGUUCUGGGAAAAUAACCACCUUCUUGUGACCAGCUAUUCAGAGAAUGCCCGCCGCUUCAUGCCUCUGUGUGAUGUUCUGUAUGGCCGGGUAGGAGAUUUCAUGAGCUGGUGUCGGCAGAAAAACGCCUCUGGACUCGACUACCAGUCCUGCCCUACAUCAGCAGAUUGUGAAAAUAAUCCUGUGGAUUCUUAUUGGAAAAGGGCAUCUAUCCAGUAUUCCAAGGAUAGUUCGGGGGUGAUUUACGUCAUGCUUAAUGGUUCAGAUCCAAAUGGAGCCUAUCCUAUCAAGGG